GAGCAAACUAGCCAGCGAGCACGCGUCGUGUCGCGUCCCGUUUGUAUCUCGCGCCCAGCCCAGCCCAAAAGCCAUCAUGUUCGACGGCCCACGCUACCUUGCCAUGCCGCGCGAGCUCGCAGCCGAUACCGCUAGCGCCAUGCUCCUCGCUGCACGCGCCGCGCAAGGCAACAGUACCAGCGGUGGCGCGCACUCGGACAGCAUCAUCUCCGGCAUCGACCCAACGGCGUUCGAGACCUCGAACCCUCUACGACUGUUCAUCAUCCAGGCUGUUAUCAUCAUCGUCUUCACCCGCCUGCUCGGAUGGGGUCUCGCGUACGUGCGCCAGCCGCGCGUCAUUGCAGAGGUCUUAGGCGGGAUUCUCCUCGGCCCAACCGUGUUUGGGCGCAUCCCCGGCUUUAGCCAGCACAUCUUCCCCCAGCAGUCACUCCCCUUUCUCAACCUCGUCUCCACCCUCGGCCUUGUCCUCUUCCUCUUCCUCGUCGGCGUGGAGGUAGACCUGCGCGCGGUCAAAAAAUGCUACAAGGAGGCAGUCAGCAUUGGUGUCGUCGGCAUGAUCUUCCCAUUUGGCCUCGGCGCAGCCGUCUCGGUCGGGAUCUACCGUGACCUCAUCCACCACGACACGGUCAGCCUCGGCCACUUUAUCCUCUUCACUGGCGUCGCCAUGGCCAUCACCGCUUUUCCCGUUCUUGCGCGCAUCCUCACUGAGACGCGCCUGACUCAGACCAAGGUCGGUGUUAUCGUACUCGCCGCCGGCGUCAGCAAUGACGUCGUCGGCUGGAUCCUUCUCGCGCUCACCGUCGCCCUCGUUAAUGCCUCCAGCGGCCUCACCGCGCUUUGGGUCCUGCUGACCACCGUCGCCUGGGCGCUCGUCCUGUUCCUGCUGAUUAAGCCCGCGUUCAUCUGGUUUGCGCGCCGCAUCGGCGCCUUUGAAAACGGCCCAAACCAGGUGAUGAUGACGGUCACCCUCCUACUCGUCUUCGCCAGCGCCUGGCUCACCGACGUCAUUGGCGUGCACCCCAUCUUUGGCUCCUUCCUCGUCGGCCUCAUGAUCCCCCACGACGGCGGCUUUGCAGUCGCCAUGUUUGAGAAGAUCGAAGACCUCGUCGCGGUGCUCUUCCUGCCCAUCUACUUUGCCCUCUCCGGUCUCAAGACGAACCUCGCCAGCCUGGACAACGGAACCGUUUGGGGUUACCUCAUCGCCAUUAUCGCCAUCGCCUUUACCUCCAAGUUUGGCGCCUGCGCUGCGGCUGCGCGCUGGUGCGGCCUCGGCGUCCGCGAGUCCCUCGCCGUCGGCACGCUCAUGUCGUGCAAGGGCCUCGUCGAGCUCAUUGUGCUCAACAUUGGCCUCUCCGCCGGCAUCCUCGACACGCGCACCUUUAGCAUGUUCGUCGUCAUGGCCCUCGUCUCCACUGUCGCCACGACGCCGCUCACGCUCCUCGCAUACCCCGAGCGCCUGCGCACUUACCUCCAUGACGCUCCGUCCGCCGGUGCCGCCGCCAGCAAGUCCGCCUCCGCCGGAGCAGGAGCAGCAGCGGACAAGGGCGUGCGCGACGGCGCCGAUCAAGAGGAGGACGAAGAUGACGAGGGCAGCGCUGCACUCUGCAGCAACAAGCGCCUCCUCGUCGUCCUCGACAAGUUCGACCACCUCCCGGGGCUCAUGACGCUCGUCCAGCUUAUCAAGCCGUCCGAGGCACCACUGCGCAGACAGAACACCGCCGCCGCCGCCGUGGUGCCCUCCUCGGCGACGUCGUCCGCCGCCGAGUCGAGCAAGGACGCUGACGCGGAUGUGGACAUUGACACAAGCAGGGAGGCGGGAGAAGCAGCUGGUGCCGAGAAGGACGGGGCCACAAAAGAUGCUGCCGUCAGCUCCGCCACGCCUGUCCUCCGUUCGGAUGCGCCGCACCACGCUGCGAUGCCAGACGCCAGCGGCAGUGAGCAGCCGCAGGCAGACAUUAGCAUCGAUGCGCUGCGUCUGAUCGAGCUGACAGACCGCACGUCAGCGGUGAUGAAGCUGUCCGAAUCGGACGACACGAUGCGCGCCGACCCGAUCCUCAACGUCUUCCGCACCUUCGGCCACCUCAACCGCCUCCCCGUGCGCUCCAGCAUCGCCGUCGUGCCGACAGACGAGUACAGCGCGACAGUUGUUGCGCGCGCGUGCAACGUGCACUCCAACCUCGUUGUCGUGCCUUGGACCGUCGCGCCGUCUGGCCGGCCUGCCGCCGGUGAGCAGCAGCAACAAGUCUCGAACCCCUUCGAGAACAUCUUUGGCCGCGUUGCCAGUGCUGCGGCUCCAGGCAGCGGCGAUAGCGCGAGCGCCAGCGACAGGCGCUCGCCGCACCAGGCUAACUUCGUGCGAAAGGUCUUCCAGACCGCCGCGUGCGACGUUGGCGUCCUGCUCACGCGGCCCGCGAACAGCGCCUUGGCGACGGCGGGGGCGGCGGCAGCACAGCACAACAACCUUCUCGUCGGCUUCUUUGGCGGCCCAGACGACCGCGCGGCGCUCGCGCUAUCACUGCGCCUCUGCGCGUCCAACCCGGAUCUGCACGUCACCGUCCUACGCUUCAGGCGCACCGAGCCUGGCAGUGGCGACGGCGAGGCCAGCGGCAGCAGCAACGCCAAUGGUGGCGACCUGGCCGUGCCGAGCAUCCCGCCUACGUUGCACCACGCGCAGUCGCUACACCACGUGCAAGGCGCUGCUGGCAACAACAACCACAAUAGCAUCGUGCAGGAUACCAUGUACCCUAGCAACUUUGGCCAGACGCCCAUGGAAGCGACGCUCGCCGACGACCUGGCGAUCACCAAGGCACAGGAGCUCAGCGCGAGCUUCAGUGAGCGCUUUGCUGUGCGCGAAAUCAGAACCCCACGCGUCCUGCGCGACCUCGUCCUCGCCGUCGAAGCGGAGCAACCCACCGUCGUCAUCGUCGGCCGCGGCCGCAAGGCACCUGCCAUGACGCACCGCGAGGAGCUGCGCUUCUUGCUCGUCAACGGCACGCUCGGCGGCACGCUCGGCGUCGGCGUCGGAGCCGAGGAUGCGACCAGGUCGGCUCUGGCCGCAGCAGCGGCGAGCAGCACCAAGGAGCGCCAGCUUAACUCAGAAACGUGCAAAGUCGUCGGCGAACCGGCCAUGGCACUGACGCUCGCCAGGACCACCGCGCUGACGCUCGUCUUGGCCUCCAGCGUCAACAGCUCUGGCUCUUCGCAGCAGCAACAGCACGCUUAAACAGCACUGUGUGCACGCAUUGAGAUGGUAUUCGACAGUUCACAGAUACUGGAAGGGAAGGGGUCCUUUUUACUUUUCGCAUCACAACACCGUUAACGACCACGACUUUCUCUUGGCAUUGGGAUGACGUAUCGGCGACGAUGAUCGGGUCAGAACUGAAAUGAACAACAGAACAACAGAACUGAAAUGAACAACAGAACAACAGAACCGAACAGAAGGGCAUAACAUAUUCAUGCAUGUACCACGUCAGGUCACCGGCAAAUCGCAGACGACGAACAACAUUUUU